AUGGCACGCCAAUUUCAGUUCGUCAGUGCUUCGACGCCGACAGAACGAGUUGCCUCUAAAUCUCGAAAGUCGAACCAUUCACAUGUUAUGCGCCAUGUUCAUGCCAGGAAACGACGCUUACGAACCCAAAGAUACCAGGAUCAAUUAACAAAUGCCGACAUGGAAGUGGACCGGACGACCUCACAGAUCGGCUUCUCCAGCCCUUCAAUCCCGAGGUUUGCUACCAGCGGGGAUCCAUUUUCGUCCUUGGCAAGACCUUUAUCAUCCGAGGAAUACUUCCUACUGGAUCACUAUAUCCAAGUUGUUAUGCCGUACUCCAUCGGACACUGUGGUCUGUUUGAUUAUGACGGCGACCACCAGAGUCAGAUGCUCCGAGAAUGGGUCGGCCUUGCUGUUAAUGACGACAUAUUUAUGACUGUUGCUAUUCUUCUGAGCACAUGUCGCUACGUUCUACACGACCGGCCUAGCGACCCGACCUACAUGCGAAUGGUUCUUUGUUACAAGCAGAUAUGCCUCCGCUCAUUGCGCUUGGAAAUUGAGAGUACGCCGAUUUGUGUCAACGCCAUGAGUGUUGCCAAGGCAUUAGCACUUGCCAUAGAUGAGGUGAAUUCAGGGGAACAAAUCAUUGCUCGGAAACAUUUAGAAGGUGUGCUUGCGAUGGUACAGUUUAGCGGUGGGCCAAAAUCGAUCGGUCUAACAAGUUUACUGGAGAGGAUGUACCACAUAUUUUUGAGAGAACUACGGCUUACAGACCCAAGGAUAGACUAA